UAUUUGAUUAUUCCGCACACCAUCAUUACACUGUAGUCUUGCAUAACAAUCAUGACAGCUAAACGGGUUUAAGACGCGUAGCAGACUCAAGAACUACUCUAUGUAAGAUGAACACUGAGGACAAGUUGGAGGGUAUGCUGCUGAAGUGCAGCAGCGGAGGAAUAGAUGGAGGAGGGAGAGUCGGGCUGGGCAGCGGAGGAGGACUGGUGGUGAUGACCCUGGGGGAACGGUCGCUGGCGAACCACCCUCUGUUGGCUGAGGAUGACGACGAUGAAGAUGACGAUGAGGACUUGACCGGGAGCUCACUGGUUACACAUGAUCUGGUCCCGCCAGAGCAGCUGAUGAUGCAGGAGGAGAUGACAAAGAAUGGUAGAGGAGAAGAGGAAGGAGGAGAGGUGGGACCGCAUUUCCCCCUUAAACUCACCAAUAAGUCACCCUGCUUGCUUCAUAUGCCAUUGAGCAUCAAGCAAGAACUGAAGCUGUCUGAGACAGCGGUCCAGAUGAAGAAGGACAAAAAAGGAGUGAAGGACCUGAUGGUGUGUCCAAAGAAGAAAAAAAGGAAGCAGCGCUCACCAGCAAAGAUUCUCACCAUUAAUGAUGAUGGAUCAUUGGGCAUACAAAACCCUAAGUGUCAUGUCUGUGUUCACUGUAACGCUGCGUUCAGGACCAACUACCAUCUACAGAGGCAUGUCUUCAUUCACACUGGUGAGAAGCCUUUUCAGUGCAGCCAGUGUGAUAUGCGCUUCAUUCAGAAGUAUCUCCUCCAGAGACACGAGAAGAUCCACACUGGUGAAAAGCCUUUUCGCUGUGACGAGUGUGGGAUGAGGUUCAUCCAGAAGUACCACAUGGAGAGACACAAGAGGACUCACAGUGGAGAGAAGCCCUACCAAUGUGAUUACUGUCACCAGUAUUUCUCCAGAACAGACCGGGUUUUAAAGCACAGAAGAAUGUGUCAUGAGAACAGAGAGAGAAAGACCAGCAAGGCAGCUGGUAAAGUUGGGCCUUUGCGUGAAGCAGAUUCUUUGGGCCUCCCCUUUCUUGCCAAAGAGUGUUCACUGCCCAAGAAAAAGCGCCAGAAGUGUGCCGACAAGAGUUCAGGCGCUUCCGCCGCUGCCCAGACAGAUGGGCAUACUGCCGCUGUUGUCGAAACAGAGGAGAAGGAGGAGCAGAGACAAAAUAAAAUUGAAGGUCUACCUCUCUAUGCUGUGUCCUCCAAAGUCAAACACGAGUAUGUGAUUACCGAUUAUUCUGUGGAACUCCCUGAAGAAACGACUAGCCAACACCAAGAGGGAGAAGUAUCUUCAGAAGACACAACGCCUCCCAAACUAGUCCUGAAGAAAGUCCCCAAGAGGAGUCUUAAACAGUCGAGUGAACAAACUCCCCCAUGCCUGCCCACUUUGUCUUCCUUUGAAGAAAAUGCAAAGGUCACGCAAUACACCUUUGAAAUCGUGGACAAGCAAGGCCUUUUAGAAGUAGAAAGCAACACUGAACUCGAGUCAGUCGAAACUCUUCAAGUAGGACCAACAAAGCCAGCAGCUAGCAGCACAAACUACGACGACGCCAUGCAGUUUCUGAAGAAGAAGCGUUACCUCCAGGCCGCAAUGGCCAACAACAGUCGGGAUUAUGGCCUGAACACGAGCACCAUUUCUUCUCAGCCGCCUGUUACACAAACUGUGGUGUCAGCCGUCAUUGACGAGACGGUCCCCGCCACCAUUCUGGAGCCGCAGCCCCUCAACACAGAGAUUAAAGCAACACAUGACAAGAGUGUUUUGCCAGACGAGGUUCUUCAGACGCUGUUGGACCAUUACUCCAACAAAGCCAACGGGCAGUCAGACAUUUCCUUCAGCGUGGCAGACACAGAGGUGACGUCAAGCAUAUCCAUUAACUCCUCCGAUGUUUCAGACAGCAGCCCUGUGGAGAGUCUCGGAGCCUCAAGUGCCCAGACUCAGCCAACCACAGAGAAGGUCAGCCUCUUGCAAGAGUACUCCAAGUUUCUCCAGCAAGCGCUAGAGAGGACCAGCCAGAACGACAGCUACCUGACCAGCCAGAGCCUCAGCUUGGUCUCCGAAAACCCCACCUUAGCCGGACAACCUUUGUUCUCCACAGAGAAACAGUUUCCUUCCCCCAGCAGGUUCAAAUCAGGGAUGAGCUCUCCGCUGAGGUCCGCUUUAGAGAAACCUCACUUUGGAUUACUGGUCGGGGACUCCCAGCACUCAUUUUCAUUUUCAGGUGAUGACACCACCCCUCCCUCCGCUGUGUCCCCAGCCGAGGAGGACUUUCUGGAGCAGGUCUCGCCCUCCAAAAAGACAGACUCUUCUCAAGGCAUACUGCAGACUUUUCAAAUAAGCUCCUUUGAUCAGAACUUCAAAUCUCAUUUCCAGACAUCAAGAUCUGGAUCCUCCUCACAGUUUACCGUUGCCAAUGGACAAUUAAGUCUUCGAGGACACAGCACAGACUUCUCAGAGUUCCCCUUAGUCAGAGUCACUGAGACCAGGUCUCAACUGAACUCCUCUCCUGAUGUUUCAUCCAGUGAAACCUUUGGCUGAAGAAUUUAUUUCUGUUCAUAAUUUCAGCAGCACUUUAUCUCAUGUUUCCUGUUUUGCCAAAACGAGUCCCACUGCAACUGUGUGCUCUUUCUUAAAGCAUUUUGUUAUAAAACAUAUUAAUGUUUUGUUGUUGUUUUUUUUUGUUAAGUGCAACCUCAUAGAAUGAAAAUACUGAAAAAUGUAAAAAUCAUGAUUAGCAUUUCCCCUUAAAAAAAUUGGGUGCAUGGGUAUAUUUCUUGCUCCAGAAUGUACACUGAGAGAUGAAGCGACCAAAGUGUAAUUCAAGAAAUGGAGAGAAAUUUAUUCUCAUACCAUUGCCACAUAGUUUGUCUGAUGCUUUGUCAAUCAGUUUGCCUUGCACAAAAAAUGAUCAAGUCACUCUUGCUGCUUAAUGCAAUAUUUCCACUUAUUAAAAACACAGGCCCUAUUGAUAUAAGCCUUUCUGCUCUUUCUGUAGCUACCUCCCCUCGCUGUUUAGCUGGUUGUAUUUAAGUCCACUCGUAGAACCUUGUUACUAUAGCUGUGUAACUCUGUUAAAUUGUCUACUGAAAUGACACCAUGAUUUGAUCAUAACUGAUCCUUCACUUUAUGUUGAAGUCACUUUACUUCUACCCGAGUUGGGUGUGUCCACUUGAUGCUACAGGAAACAUUUAAUUGAUUGUAUUCAUCUGAUAUGGAAACUAGAUUAUUUUCCAUUUACAGAUUGGGUCUACUUUGGUUGCUGUGACAAGCCAAAAGGAUGAAGUUGUAGUUCUAAUUUAUGAAUUAAGAGAUGAAUGAUUUCACUAAUGCCCCCCCCGCACUUCUUAAGAUGCAUAGGUAUCAAAUAGCUGCAUUCAUGUAAUGAUUUCUGCAUCAUUUAUUCAUUGUCCUUCAGCAGUAUAAGUUGUAAUGAAAGUAGUUAAGGGGAUUGUGCUUAAUUUUUGCACAAUUUGCACAAUUUUUCACUACAGGGAAUGUAGUAUGUACUUUCAGAUUUGGGUUAUUUGAAAUUACAGGUGAUGCUCGUUGCUCGUUGACAGUUAUGUGCAUCAGUUUUUCACAACGUUGGGUUGAAUUUGUGAAGAAACCCUUUUCUCACAUGCCUACACAGUGAAAGAAAAAUCCAAAGAGGCAAACUUUCUUUCUGAAUUGAAGUUAACGGGGCACGCGUUAAAAACAACAGCAAAACUAUACCAAAACGUCACACCAUCUUCAACCAUCGUUCACACAACUCAUGCAGUAUAACCCAAGUGUCAUUGAAAUAGUCGUAUGCUCAGUGUUUCCCAAACACAUGCAUUUUGUUAAAACCGUAAUAUUUAAAACACUUCCUCAUGCAAUUACUGCGCCAGGGCAAGCAUGCGUGAUUGGACUUUCCUCAAGCAGAGCUCAUGCAUGCACAUGUUCACUUGUAGGCAAAAGUGUUUUAAAUCGUAAUGUUUUUGCAUGCGACUGGAUAAAUGAGACUUGGAUUAUUCUGCACUAGUUGUGUUGGUUUGGAAGCAUGUUUUGAUUUAGUUUUGCUGUCUUUUAACACUUCCCCUUUCAAUCCAAUUCAUGAUUAAAGUUUGCCUUUUUUUUUGAUUCUCCAUUAUCGGUGGAAGCAUGUGAGAAAAAUGAAGUUUCCGUCAUGAAUUCAAAGUUGCACACGGUGAGAAAUUGAUAUACAAAUGAUAAUUUUCCUGGUAGAGUAUUCUUUAAUGAUGUAGCCCCUGUAGCUGCAGUUUUAUAGUACGUUGUUGUUCUUCGUGGAUGAUGCACAGGUUUUGGGGGAACAACAAUGUUAUUAGAGCCCCUCAUAUUGAUUAAAACUCAGUUUUAUGAAGGCUAUAUUAUGAAAGAUACACAGAUAUAAGGUGCUUGAGUUUCCAGUUUUAUUAGUUUUGCAUUUGUGCCUUUCUUUUUUUAUUAUUCUAGGCUUUCCUUUACUCAUUCCUUUAUGUGUAUUUGUGUUUUUUCUUAGUCAGUGCUCAAAGGCUACUAAUUCCACUUGCACAAUCACAACAAACACAUAAGCUAGCAACAUAUUCAGUCUGUAAGACGUCGAGAUCUGGGAGCUUUAUUUAAUUUUGCUCAUUAGAAUUUUAGCAAGAAAUGGCACCAAGUUUAAUUCUCAGACUAUUAUCUGUGGAUAAAGGACGUAGCAUUUUCUUUGAUUGUGUAUAAGUGUACAGAAUCAUGUCUUAGAAAUCUGGAGUUCUAAACACCUAUUUUCUAGAAUCCAGUAGUAAGCCACAUCGGCCCAGCCUUGUUGAAAAAAAAAUGUGACUGAGUAAGAUCUCAUCUGUACUCGCAUUGUUAUUUUCAACGUGUACAUGUACGUGUGAGGUUUUAGGUGCUAUUGUGUGAAACCCUUUUUAUAAGCGCCAUCAAAUUCAGUUUGUAAAUUGAGCUCCCUCUUGUUACAAUUUUACAGACAAUCAGGGACAGACGGCACCCACGCUAAUCAUCAAAAAUGCUUUAUUUUUUUCCUCAUUUAACAUUCCCACUAGAAUGUAUAGAAACUAUCCUGCUGUAAAUACAUUGUAUAUUUUUAUGUUCUGAGAAGUACUGUUAGAUCUUAGUGUCAGUAGAGAGACAAGGCUUUUGCAAGAGACACUUUUUGUCAGUGGAAGGCACAUUAAUGCGUUUUUCCAGCUUUUAUUACAUUCAACAACAAAUCAGUUUUACUCGCUGACAUGAUGUGGCACUCUGAGGUUUGUAUAUAUCUCACCACUGUUAUCAGAAGAAAUUUACACUUUUUUUCCAGUUUCAUUGAUGAUUGGUCAAAAUGAAUAUUCAUUAUGUUUUGUAAGUUAAUGCAGCUGAUUGUGCAUUAUGAUGGAAUUACUGUACACAGACUUUGGUAAUAAAAGACCCCAGAAGUUGUUAAUUUGGUUUUAAAGCAAUAGUCCACCUGAAAUCUGUCUUUUUUUAUCAAGUAUUUAAACUCGGCAGCUGUCAGCUUAAAUACGUGUCCGGUAAACAGCGUUUCGGUGGAGUAUAGCUCAAAAACAAGUAAUGUUGUUAAAGUAUUCCACUAACUACCCAUUUCAUUUUAAGCAAUUUCUGAAAGCACACUGCAGAUAAAUAGUUCUGCUUAUUGUAUCCCAUGAAUUGUUCAAGGAGAAGUUUAAAUUCAACUAAGCAAGACACAGAACUGAUGGAGAUUCAUGAAUUAUAUCAGCAGUACUAUGGUAUUUUUUUCCUUUUAAUUAACUACUGUCAGUAACCUGGCCAUAAGUGUCCUUGUAUAAGCUAGAGAAAAAAAAAUGUUUUGUGUAAAAAGAUCUGAAUUAUUGAAUUUUUUGAUAAAAACUAUUUUUGAAACAUGUCAUUUAAGGCACUGAUAUGUAUAGUAUAUCAUAUGCAGUCACUAUUGAUACCCUCAUUUAUCUCUGUACAAGUCAUUUGUGACAAGGUCUUUCAAUUUGCCGACGGGAAUCUCCUUCUUUGACUUUGGCAUUUUCAUACUUUUAAAAAUGACUUGACGAGGAAGCCUUGCUGCUUCGCUGUAAGGUUGAUCUUGAGUUAGACAGUAAGGUUUAUUUGCAUGGUCUCUAACUUGUUGGGUCGAGUGAACUUGUUUAAUGAAUAAUGUGCAGCUUUAAUUGUAGCUGAUUAAUUUCAGUCAAGUAAUCCAUAUGAUUAGAUUUUUGCAAUAUACUAUUAUUUGUAAACAAUCUGAUUAAAUUGUUGUUUUGAUUGUUGUGUGUCAUGUCCUUAUAAAUAAAAUAAUUCACAGUA